UUAUUGAGUUUCAAUAGUUUUUAAACUACCAAUAAACGAAUUCCAAAGCCCCAUAAUUCAAUAGCUAUAAUGGAACGUUAUCUACGGUUCUACAUCAAAUUCCAAGGCUACAUGAUCGGAACAUUAACGCUACUAUUUUCCGUGCUUUUAACGAUUGUUAUUUACGAACACAAUGACGUUUACUACCCGAUGGAAUUUUUGUACAACUUCCGUUUUAUGGGGAGCACAGCCCUGAUCCUGGGAUUGUUCUGGCUCGUCGCUGGAUUGUCCUUUCUAUAUGCUGUGCAUCGCGAAGUCAAGCAGUGUAUGCUCCCUUUUGCGUUGUUAUACCUAUUCGAUGUAACUCUCCUAGCCAUCCGGGAUCUCGUCAUGCUAUGGCUCGAUCGUCGCUGGUAUACUAUGGUUUUUUCAAAUUUGCCAGUCCUGUUCGUAGUGCUGUUUGUAACAUGCUACUUGUUCAUGACGCUCAUCGCCCUGGAUCGUUUGUUUAGUUCUGACCCGAAACCCCAAGCUGGUGAUAACUUUAUAAGGUUCAACAAUGGUGUCACAAACCCAGCUGCAACCGAAGAUGAAGUUGCUCUUGUCAAUGAAUAACCCACUAAGGCAUACCCAGUUAUAAUCUCCCUGAAGCUAUUGCGCUACUCUAGUAUAAUAUCAAUGUAUCGGAAAUUUUAGUUAGUCAGGGCAAAAUGAUUCAUUCCAUUGCGAAUCGUUUGAUUUUUCGUAGUAUGGUUAUUAUCAGCAUAUUUUACUGUAUGUGAUUACUUUUAUAUUAACAUCCGUACGAGAACA